AUGCCGUACCACAACAUCAACGCGCGCCGGGAACGGCGAAGAGUUGCUCACCGGGUGGUUGUGGCGGAAGAGCAAGCCGACGCCGCCAACCAGGAGGGCAUCAUCGACAUGGAAAUCGACGAGGAGUCGGAUCUCGGUUCUGGCGAGAGAAUUGGGAGCGAAAGCUCCAGUACAAACAUGCGAAGAAACCUUCCGGGCAUAGACCACGGCCCGCCCAUAACCACCAAGAACCCAGAAUCCCCUAUCACCCGUCAGGACCUGUGCGCCAGACCGAACGAUGAGGUUGGCACCGCCAACGAGAGUGCGCUGAUCGAGACCGCCGUCCCCGACAACGCCGGCAACACUACCAACACUACCAACACCACUAACACCACCGACCCGGCCGACCCGACCGAUCCUAAUGACCCCUUUAACAUGGAGAAGAUACUUUGGGCGCUGGAGGCCGUGAAGAACCAGAGCACCGGGGAGAACCUGGACGCGCUGCUGCCUGCCGCGGAGAACGAUGUCGGCACCCUGUUGGAACUGGCCACCAACGGCCGUGAUGAAGCAAAUUAUCCUCACCGUGUCGGCGAACCAGCGCGCUUUCUCCCGUCUCACCGGGUACAACGGCUACCCCCCAUCUGCCCCUUCCCCGCCGCUUCUCUGGCCCCGCCCCCGCCCCCCAACUCCGCCGCCCUCGCACGCAACACCCAACCCAUCGCCGGCAUGUCGGCCAACUUGGCCGCCCGCCUCGCCGCCCUCGAGGCUCUGGUGGAGCGCCAGGAGGAGCUCCUCUCCGCGAUCCGGCGGCACGGCAGCCAAUGGGACGCCGACCGCGGCGCCAUGGAUGCCGUGUUCGACCGGAUCAAGGAGGUGGACGAGCUGGAGAAGAAAAUCGACGAUCUCAAAGACCAGCGCGACGAGGACGCCCACCGCUUCCGCCAGAUGUGCAACCUGCUCGUCGCCCUCUCGGAUGGCGACAUCACGCUGAAGGAGAUGUCGGAUCACACAGUGACACCUGUGAGCGGUCAAACCCCCUACACCACGCCCCCCCACCUCCUCCCCCGGUGGUACUGGAUCGCCAACCCGCACACCCCCGCCGGAUUCGACGACACGGGCGACGUCGAGGGCUUCACGCGCGCGGGCGCCGCGCUGCUGGCUGAGUUCCGGCGGGCGGUCGAGCUCGCGGUGCGGGGGGGCGAUGCCGAUGGUGGUUUGGGGCGGGUGGAGGGGUGGAGGGACGUGCUGGUGAGGGAGAUUGGGACGCUGGCGAGGGGGUGCGGGGUCGCGGGGGGGAAGGGACUUUACGGAUGUUGCGGAUGUGAGGAGGGUGUUGGAGGGGUUGGUGGUGCUGGGACUGGUCAAGGCGGACAUGCCGCGGGGGAUUACGUAUAA